GGCAACGAUAAAACUCAAAGUAGUCAUGACGAUGUCAUUAUAGUUUAAUUUGUGUGUAAAAAUAUAUACAUACGUAUACAUUGCAUGUACUAUUUGGAUUAUUUAAACAAAAAUAUAUUAAGGCACCGGCCACUUGGAGAUGUCGCAACCUAAGGAGAAGAUGUCUGAAAUCGACGAACACAUAAUGAGAAGGUUUGACAUUCAGAAGAGGUUGGGCAAAGGCGCAUACGGCAUAGUGUGGAAGGCCAUAGACCGAAGAUCCAGGGAAGUGGUGGCUGUGAAAAAAAUCUUCGACGCCUUUCGAAAUCAGACUGACGCUCAACGUACCUUCAGGGAAAUCAUGUUUCUGCAAUCGUUUAAGGCCCAUCCGAAUAUUGUUAAACUUCAUAGUCUACAUAGGGCUGCCAAUAAUCGAGACAUUUACCUCGGGUUUGAAUAUAUGGAAACGGACUUACAUAAUGUAAUAAAACGAGGCAACAUCCUGAAAGAUGUGCAUAAAAGAUACAUUAUGUAUCAACUGCUGAAGGCACUGAAGUAUAUUCAUUCUGGAAAUGUGAUACAUAGAGACCUGAAACCUAGCAAUGUAUUAUUAGAUAGUUUAUGCAGAUGUAAAAUAGCGGAUUUUGGAUUAGCUAGACUCUUGACUCAGGGAUCAGACCAGAGUAUAGGUAGUGAUAGUGACCCAACACUGACCGACUAUGUGGCGACAAGGUGGUACCGGGCCCCAGAAAUACUCAUUGCCAACCGAAGGUACACUAAAGGAAUAGACAUGUGGAGCAUAGGUUGCAUUCUGGCAGAAAUGUGUAUGGGCAAACCUAUAUUUCCUGGUACUUCUACGGUUAAUCAAGUUGAAAAAAUUAUGUCAAGCAUUCCUACACCUACAACCGACGAUAUCAGUUUAAUAUGCAGUACAGGAAUAGGGUCAUCGAUGAUUAAAAACGCUGCAUCCACGCAGAAAAUCCCCUUACGUAGUAUUUUAGGACAAGGAAUACCUGAAGAUGCAGUGAAUCUGUUAAACAAGUUGCUCAUUUUUAAUCCCAACAAAAGACUUACAGCGGAAGAAGCUCUUGAACAUGGUUACGUGUCUAAAUUUCACGAUCCUAAUCAAGAAAUAAUCUUGUGUUCAAAUGUAGUUAUACCAUUCAAUGAUGAUGUUCGUUUGUCCGUUGACGAUUACAGAAAUAAACUAUACGAAUUGAUGACCAACCAUCGCGUGAGCUCAAGAACGAAGCCUAAAUUGCAAACUUCCGAAGUUAAUCCAAGGAAUGGAAGAAGUGCCGAAAAAAAUAUUAAAAAUCACACAAAAAUUCACGAGAAAAUCCAAUGCGAAUCGAAAAUGUCGUUCCAAAAGCCUGUGCUGAAUAAGUUAGACUUUAAAUCAGGGCCCAGGCAUAAAAAUGUCAUUUUGCCAACGACGAAUUUAAGGAAAUCAAAUGGGCUUGAUUGUAGAACUCAAGUACGGACUAAUUCGGAUGUUCCUAAGAAAGCUCCAAUUAAACUAGCGACGUGCAGCAUGUACAGUCAAUCAUAUGGAGUUAUAACCCAAAACGCUUUAAUGGAGCUAAGAGCUGCGGGUUUGAGGUGAAUUUGUAUUUUAUACCAGUAUUAAUAAUUUUAUACACAUUUUAUUUUAUAAUUAUAUUUACUAUUUAAGCACUGUGUGUGUGUAAAUAAAACAUAUUGUACCUA